GAGAAGCUUGUGGAGCUGCAGGAGCAGGAGAAGCAGAUUCUGCAGGGCAACGUGAAUGUUGCACCGAAUGCGUUUGUAUCCAUGUCACUAACGCAUGUAUUAAGUACAUUUGCAGUGAGUGAGGUUCAGGAGCGAAAUAUGAUUAAAAAUGUGGAAGAUAUGGAAAGGCGGAUGUUGUGUUCCUCUUUUAAGCAGGAGGAAGUUGAGAUAAGUGCUCUUACUAUGCAGCGUCUAUCAGCGGAGCGAGCGGCCCAGGCAAGUUGGGAAUAUCAAGCAUAUUUUUCUUCGGAUUGUAUAGAACUUAUGGCAAGUGAAACUCGUCGCCGUUCUUUUAUUGAGGAAAUGGAGGGUGAGGUACGAGCAGGUCUUUCUAAUGACUUUCGUAUUGCCUUACAGGCGAUGUAUGAGGCAGAAUUGCUUCGGUUAUCAGAGCAAAGUCUUGUGGAACGUAAACGUGCACUUAUCGUGGUGGUAUCAGAAGAGUCCACUACACGGAUGCAGCUGGAGCAAGAUGCUUUAAACGAAUUAGCACGACUUCGUGUUUUGUGUGUAUCAAAAUUGGUGGAGUAUCAGCGUGUGUUGGAAGAGAAUGAGAUGCGCCGAGGAGCUACACGUGUUGCAGCUGAACGACGGCUUUAUAUGCAACAGCUUUCUAACCUCUCGGAAGCAGAAGAUGCUGGAAGGUGCCGAUUGUUGGAAACUGAGCAGUAUGAACGCCGAAUGAUGUGGACACACUUUGUCUCUACCAUGCCGUUCGCAGUGACUUCAACAGCCCUUCCUAGUAAUGUUGUACCACCGCCUUCAUUCAGUUCCCCACGUUCUUCUUGUGCUCCGGAAACAACACGAUCUUUUACAGUCUCCUUAGCCCUUGCUACUCAAAAAAUAGCCGCCUUAUUAGAGGAAGAAGAGUUGGAACGACUAGAACUGUGUCAAGUAGAGCGGCGAGAUUGGUAUAAUCGUAAGAAUUUAUUUCAUGCUGACUCUAGGCGUCUCAAAUCAAUGGAAACUACUGUAGAAAGUGAACAAUUUGAUAAUUCUAUCCUAAAACGAACUUUAGGGAAUAAUCUGAGACGUUUAGAAUUGCAAGAAGAAGAAGGACGAAUUGAAAUUCAACAGAGUGCAUGGUCAUGGUUCCGUCGUCUUACAGAAAAAGCAGGAGAGCAACAGCGGCAAAUAGAGACUAUGGAACGUCUUUUACGCUCCAUAUCAGAGAGAUCUCAGCGUGUUUUAAAUCGUUGUCUUAGUGAAGUACAACUUGCUCUUGUAGAUGAAGAAAUCCAUGAUCGUAGUAAUAUAGAGACACAUGAACGUCGAACACGUAUGCAACUUUCUCGUGAUGCGGCAAAAAGUGAAGAAUUGCUUCGCACGAAAUUACAACUACAACUCUCUCAUGAUUCCUCUGGAACUCUCUUUUUAGAUGCAAUGGAUGCUGCAGUGCGAGAAUUUACUACUGAAGCGAUGCGUAUAGCACAGGAAGAAAAUGUAGAACGUCUUGCUCUUAUGCAAUCGCAACGUAUUGAAUCCUUGACACUUACUCAAUCCUACGGAGAAACUCGUCUUCAACAAAGUCAUACUGAUGCAAAACAACAACUUGAGUACCUUCAUUCAACUUUAGAAACUACUACAGCAGUAAGUACUUGGCGUGCUCGUUGUGCCUUCCUUAUAACGGAAGAAUUACGUUCCCGUGAUGCCAUUUGUAAUGAUGAGGCCAGCAGACGCGCAUGGUGUAGCGCAGACGAGCGACGUGAGAGGUUUGAUGUAGUUACACGUGACACGGAAAGGCUACAAAUUGCACGGGAAGUAGCACGAUUGAACUUGAAACUGCAGGAAUCUGUACGAGACGAGUCAGAAAGACGUACAGUGAUCUAUGAAGAAGAAAUACGUACUCGAGAAGCCAUUGAGCAUGAAGCGAUGCGGCACGCAAACCUGUUGCAAGUGCGUAGAGAGCGACGGCGGGUGGAAGCAAACCGUAGUGAGCGGACCACCAACCGUGCGCUGGACGAUCUUUGGCAAGAAGAAGAGGAUGAUCGGUUUUACAUCCGUGAGGAUGAACGUGAUGCCCGACGGCUCCUACGGCGGCAAGCCGUUGAAGAGUCUGGUAGUAUUGCCCUCGCUAGUAGAGACACCAGUAGACUUGCUGUUGAUGAGCCUUCUGGUCGUACUCCUGCAAUCCAAAGCCCCUGGCAAGAUCCUUCAAAUUCGCAGCAGUUUGAUGAAGCAUUUAUUCGUCGCCGGGAGGCAGCGCGUGAAGAGGAACUUCGGGAAGCACAGCAGCGGUUGCAAGAGGCGGAGGCCCGCAUAGCCGCGGAGGCUGCACGCCGUACUCUGGCGGAGGAGGCACGUCUAGCGGCCCUCGCGGAGUCGGCGGCGCUCCUGCAGGAGGCGGAGGAGAGAGCCGAUGCCCGAAUUCGCCGGGCACGGGAGGAGGCGGAGCGAGCGGCCCUCGCCGAGAAGGAGCGGAUGGCAGGCGAAAAGGAGCGGGCGGCACUCGCAGAGGCGGAGCAGCGGGCACGGCUGGAGGCGCGGUUGUGGGCAGCAGAGCGAGCGCUCGCAGAGGCGGAGCAGCGGGCGGCAGUGGGAGCGGAGGAGCGGGUGCGCACUCUGCAGCAGCAGGCGCUAGACGCAAUAGCUGCUACGCGGGAGGAGGCACGUAAGACAGCAGAGGAGGCAAGAAGGCGUUUGGAGGAAAUGGAGGAACGCUACGCCGUACGGGAGGCGGCUGUUCACGCAGCAAAGGCAAAUGUAAGAGUCGCUAGGCGACGCAUGAAGGCGUAUGAGGAUUCUCAGCGGACAUCACCAAGUUCGACACAUUCCUCAGCUGUUAUGUGUACAUCAGGAGAACCGAUAGAAUUACAUAAACAAUUGAAAGGUGGGGUUUCUUCUCAAUCGGUUAAUCAAUCCCCUGGUUUUACUGCUGCAAUUUGUAGUAAUGUAAUUCGUGCUGCCAUUCGUGAAGCUGUGGAUGAAAUUGUAAAAGCAACGAAGGAAGCUUGGCAGAUAUCAGAGGAAGCAGAACAACGUCUUCGGAUAGAACGAAUGCGAUUACGUAGACGGCAGGCAGAACGAGAUCAAGCUGAACAGGAUUUGAUUGAUGCUGAAAAUGAAGGUAUUCUGUGGGGUACUAACUCUAAUAUUGAUACUUCUGUUGCUGUUGUUGCUGAUGAAAAUGAUGAUGAUGAUGAUGAAGAAACCAAUGCUGCUGCUGCUGCUACUACUACUGAAGAUGACUAUAAUGUGUAUGAGGAAGAAGUGAGUAAAGAUGAUACACGAGGUACUUUUGGGGUAGAAGAAACUGCUAAUACUGCACAAUAUCAUACUCUCACACGUCAUCGUAGAAGAAAAGAAAAACGAGAAGAAGAAUUACCUCCUCCUCUUCCUGAAAAUCUUACUUGUCAUCGAUGCUAUCGGGGAGAAACAAGUGCUUGUACAAGUUGUUCAUCACAGGUGUGUCUUUAUUGUGGACCUUCUAUUCUUCAUCGUGCAUGCUGUGAUUUGCAUCAUCUCAAUAUUGUUAACGCCCGACGUCGGCAGCUUGUGAAGGAGCAAAAACAAAAACAACAACAGCAACAACAAGAAGAGGAAGAAGAAGAAGAAGUUUGGAAUGUGAAGUCGUUAGAGAGGUCUCCUCCGGGCGUUCAGAGACAACUGCUUUCAGAUAAAAGUAACAAUGGUGAGGAGGAAGAGAUAGUAGAAGAAGAAGAGGAAAGGAAAAGGAAAGAGAAAAAGAAGAAAGAAGAAGUACACGAAAUACGACAGCAAAAGAAACGAAAAGAAAGACGGGAACAGAGGCAGUGGAAUGAAGCGCAGAAAAAGGAUGAUGAUUAUGAUAAUAAUAAUGAUAAUAAUAACAAUAAUAAUAAUAAGUCUGUAUCGGUUGCUAGCGUUGAGGAGCCCAGGACAGAGCGAAAACGGUAUGAAGCCUUCUUUGUUCCACUUGGUAAUCACGCAGAGCCGAGACGUCCAAAACCGCCAACACCAAAUAAUUACGUUCCCGGUAUACAUUUCUCCUCUUCUAACAUGCCAAAGACAGAGCGAAAGGUGAGUCCUCCUUUGCGUCGUGCUCGCAACAUCCAUAAGCAUGGUGUUUGUGCUACUUAUAUAUCUACUACGGCUACUACAAAGUCUUUUCAUGAGUCAAGACCUCGACGAUCUACAACCGCACCUAAAGAGCGAUCAGAUCCUUUCAUAAACCGACAGCAGAAAUCGCAUCAACAUCCAAAGCAAGAUUAUCAGGAACAACGACAACAACAACAACAACGUCAACGUGCCCCUUAUAUGACCUCAUCAACGAUGCCUGUGAAAGAACCCGCAUGGGGAUACUUUGACUCAAAGCCGCGUAAACGUACAACCGAAAGGCGAACAGUACAAGACCCAUUUCGUACGACUGUUCGGGCAUCAUCACCUGCAAUGUGUAAGCGACAUGCUCCACAAGAAACUGUUGAUUAUGUUUCACCCCGUGAACCAUCUAUUGAACUUGAUGAUGAUUUUGACGAUUAUGCCCUUCGUGAUCCUACUGGCCUUGGUCGUACUUAUUAUAAUGGAAAACCUGUACGUUUGGAUGGUUUAAAUUAUGCAUAUGAUGAAUAUGUGGAAAAUACUAGUAGAUCUUUUUUACAUCAGCAACAAUAUAGAACAACUACUGUAAAAUCAAAAAAAGAUGUAGAACAUGUGAAUAUCAGUCGUGAACAACGUGUACCUAUGGCAAUGUUUCCUACUGAUUCAACCGCCAUACCUACACACGAAAUUCAUGAUAUGAUGAGGGAGCGCAAUACACCAACAUUACAAGAGUUAGAUGAACGUCUCCGUCAUUUACAGCAACACCGUGUAUUUGAUCGCAUAGAACGACGAUCUCCUGAUCUUCACUGUAUGCGACAUCACUAUCACUGUAAUUUUGAUGUUACUACUGGUAAGUAUGAUGAUUAUGACUAUGAAAAUAAGGAAAGUAAUAGAUAUCGAUCUGCUGGAGCAAAAAGUAGUAGAGUACGAUAUCCUACACCGAGUGGUCAUGAACCCUGUGUUACUGUUCAUUUACAUCCUCGCAGUGGAUUCAUUCCCCCACCGCUAACACCAGCCGGAGCCGCUACAGUUAGAGGGGCGUCUAGGUCUAAAUCGCGUGGUCCAAGCCGUAGAACCGCCAGACGCUCAACCCCGCGUGUUGUCUCACCGCCGUGGCGAACAGAUUACAACUCAUCACCGCUGCGGCCUCCGUGGAAUGUGGAACAGCCGCACUCCUUCAUUGCGAAGCCCUACAAGCGAACUCUACUCCCCACUGAUAUUUAG